AUGCAAGACUUAGAAGAAAGUCUCGAAAAGCAAUUCACAGUUGAAGGACGAUGUUCAAAUUACAACGGAGAAUGCGAAAAGGACCGAAACAAUACAUGUAUAGACGAACCUGUUAGCAAUAUCUUUGGCAUCAAGCAUUUUAUUAAGAAAUGUUGCUCAUCUGCUGAAUUGUCCAAUGAUUCAAUAUCAGUUAUGAAUUGGAAAACAUUAUUUUCAAUAAUUCCUUUCAUAACAUUUAUGCUGAAUCUAUAA